GACAGAGACCCCCAUUACAACUUCCUAUCCAUGGAAACUGUGCCUAUGAGCAUUUCUGUAUCAAUUUGGAUGCAUAUGUUUACUUUGAUGGUGAUCAAAAUGUACUUUUCUGGAAUUUCUCAAAGUUGCUAAAAGAUAUACAUACCAGCUUUCCAAAACAUUUGACCUGGUUGAGAUAUUUUGAACGGUAUGUGCACUACAGAGCUUUGAACUUCGUGCUUGAGGACGGACAAACAGACACAUUUCCAAGAUAGGGGUACCCCAAGUUAAAUUCCUCCUACUCAAAAGUUACUACUGGCCGAGAUCCUAUUGGUCUCCCUAUUGGACGAUGUUAUCAUAAGACAGAUCUGGUUCACCCAAUCAGAACCAUGUCCGAGAAUUCCACACCAGCUGCGAGCCCAGUGGGGCCCAGAGAAGAAGAGUUCCUCGACCAGUUUUUUAAACACAUCAGUCAGUUUGCUUUUGACAAAGCCAAGGAAUUAGCUGAAAAAGAGAGAGACACACAUAAGGCCAGCUUCGGAUCUUCCUGGGGACUCGUUGUUCACUCCCUGUGUUUCUUCGCUCUGGCGGAAAAGACAUAUAUGUCCUUGACUUUUCUGGGGCAGAAAUGGUUUGGGAGAGCUAAGGAUAACCCACGUAAUUCCUACUCAUCGCUCUAUCAAGAGUUUAAAAAAGUGGAGGAAAAUGACCGCAUCAUUGACAUGGUGUCGUCAGACCCCACGAGAGAGAAAAUCCUGGCUCACAUCAGCGGACAGCUCUGUCAGUUCCUCACGGCUAGGCAAAAAUCCAUGGACUUCUAUGAGCAGAUGAGCACAAUGGGGAGUAACCGUAACCUGAGCUAUGAGGAUCUGGUCACACUGAUCACAGAUCUCAUACAGACUAACCAGAAGAGCUUCCACCAUCCUGUCCUCAGCUCUCUCAAGUCCAGCUUUAGCCUGGAAUGUGAGAUAAUCCACCACCUGUUGUUAGCUCAGAUCAAGAUGGUCGAGUGGCAGUUCUUACCUGCCUUGUUACAGCUUCACGAGGCUCACACCAAGCUCCAAUCCUGGGGAGCCACGGCUUUAGCCAAAGAGUCCAGGAAGUCCGCAUUUGGGAGUAUCAGCUUGAAACAGUCAUCUCUCCCAGCUUUAUAUCAAUGGCUUGUCAAGUUCAAGGGGUCACUACUGUCCAAGUUUACCUUGUACUUUUACGAGACUCUAGCGAAACAGAGCAAUACAGUGGAGAUGAAGGGGUUGACUGCCAAGGCCACUGAGGAUUUUGUUUCAAAGAUUGUUUCUUUCCACAAGAAGUCUGAUGCGACCAACGUGUCCCUGGUGCUGGACAUUCAGGGUAUAGAGAGCACAUACAAAGGGCCUGGCUAUCAUCACCCUCACAAGCAGACAGAGCUACCCAAGGGCUUAGGAAGCUAUCCUGCCAUCUUUUCAUACCCUAGUGAAAGGCCUGCCCAACACUGGCCUACUGUGGUGAUGAUGAUGACUGAUAGAUCAGCUGACCUAGCUUCUGACAAAGCCGUCUGUAUAUAUGACAAGACAGCCCAGAGCACUUACUUCAUCAUUAAAGUGGAACAGAGGAUAGCACUGGUUGUGAUCUUUGAGUCCAAGAAAUCUGAGAAAGACUCGUACGUAAACAAUUUUAUGACUGACAUGCACACACAUUUGAAAGGAGCUAAGCUGUUUGCCAGCUUGAAACCUGGAUUGAAAGGAUAAGCCCAAGAAUGAGCUGAGUGAAGACUUGACGGAUGUACAAGCAGCUUUAUGAUGGAUGAGAUGUUUAGAGAGGUUUUUGGAAGAAUCAGAGACACGUUUUGAAAAUGAACCUAAUCUGUAAUUUAUACUUUGUGGGCCGAAUUCAUAAAGGUGUUUUAAAGUUUACACGCGUGUAAAAGCACUAAUCAUGCGAUCAUCGCCUAUUUAAUCUUAGUCGCCGAUUCACAAGAUGUGAUUAAAUGACACCCGAUCAAAAUUUAACCACACGCGUCUAAACAACAAAGGAAUGUUAAAUCGUCAGUGAGGGGUAUGUUUAACUGCUCCGAAUAAGUACUUUGCACAGGGAAUCGCUCUAAGUUUAGUGCAGAACGGUGCUGACAUGGAUGCCCUAGCAGUGUUAGAGUUUGCUCAGGACGAGGCAGGGGAAGAGGUACAGAUGCGCCGUGAUCAUGGGCAUGCCGUCAGGGUUUUGAGAAUAGAAUAAAUCCCUUAGAGAAAUACGAUGAUACAAAAUUCAUCAGACGUUACAGGAUCUCCAAAGAAUCGUUUCGUUGGCUGCUGAAUUUAUUACAAGAUGACCUGCUGCCGCCAACAUGGAGGAAUCAUGCACUAACUCCUCUUCAACAGUUGACAGUUGCAUUACGAUUCUAUGCGAGAGCAUCGUUUCAGAUGGAUGUUGGGGACAUGUGUGGAGUGUCACAAGCGUCGUGUUGCAGGGCUAUUCAUCGUGUCACUGCCGCGAUUUGUGCCAGGAAAAGGCAGUUUAUUCAUUUCCCCAACACACUGCAAGAAAGACGAGUAGUUGCCACAGGGGUUUUAUGAGAUUACGCAUUUCCCUGGUGUUAAUUGGCGCCAUCGAUGGCUCCCAUGUAGCAAUUGUAAAUCCUGGUGGCAGGGAUGCUUUACGGUUUAUAAACAGGAAAGGAUAUUACAGCCUCAACUGUCA